AAAGACGAAUAUUCGAAAAGAGGUUGGAUUCAAGAAGAUCUCAGUGUGUAGUGUGAAAUCUGGCAAUUGAUCUUGAGAGAACUAGGUAUCAUCGAUCCGGCAUUGAUACCCAUCGAUGAUCUUAGCUCUAGCGCUUGGAUUUGCGGCCUUUCUUCCGCCCACGCCUAGCUUUCUUCUCGUAGGCCUGCAUUGCCCCAACACUGGAUGAUCGAUUCGCUGGAAAUUUUGCGUUGCUGCUCUUGCGAGACGACCUUGGAUGGAUCCAUUCGAUUAGUGAUCACAUCUUCUACGAAGAGCAUGUAUGGCCCCGGCGCCCGCUUCCCCCCGGAUCUCUUGGACGACCGUCGCUUCGCCAUGGCGGAUCGAUCGAUCGCUCGCGGAUUUGAUUAGAUGUCGCGCAAAAUCUCCCAAGGGUCGCGACGAUUCGCAUGGAUAUUCCGUCUGGUAUUCGAAUAUUUUGUUCUGCAAUAGGAUAUUCCGUUUAGUCGGCAAAUAUCUGGUACGGCACUGCCGGGGGUACGGUUAGGGUUAAGUGAUCUCGAUUCGUCGCCAUAGCCGCCUCCUCUUUUUCUUCGCGGGGCUACGUUGCGGGCGCGAAUCGUUGCGAAUCAAUGGAGGCGGCGGGCUGACUGCCGCAAAGAUCUUCGCAAUGGACGCAAUGCCGAGCGACGAGAAUCAGCCUUUUCUGAGGAUGGAGGAUUUCCAGCAGUUCCCCGGCUAUGGCAUGCCGCAGCCGACGAUGCCGUGGGAAUCUUACGGCAUCAUGAUGGAUCCAUUCUCCAACCCGGUGAUGACGGUCCCCGUCUACGUCCAGGAGAGAAAGCCCUCUUCCACUGUAGCAGAGAAGAACCCUCAAAUCGCCGCUCCACAGGGACCCGAUGCCAUUAGAAGCAAGCUCCGGGACUCUUUGACGGAGGCUCUCAAGAUGGUCGCCGGUGAGCACCCGAAGGAAAAGAUCCUGGCGUUUCUCAAUGGUGGUGGCGUUGUGGAUUCCCACCACGACUUCGAGGCAGCUCCAAUGGUGGUGGAGGAGUCGCUAGUCCCGCAUGCCAAGCGCUCCAAGCUCCAAGUUUUCGGUGGCAAGGGGUCGUCUUCUCCUAGCAAGAGGAUGAGGAUGGAUAGUGACGAGCUGGGCUUUCGGUGGGAGGAAAGGGUGACGGAGCACGCGAAGCUGGUUUCCAAGAACAUAGAGAUCGAGUUGCUGCGGGUCUUCAAAGCCGUGAACAGGAAGUACAAGGAGAAGGCGAGGUCGCUGGUUUUCAAUCUCAAGGACAAGAACAACCCAGAUCUGAGGGCCCGUGUGUUCGUCGGUGAGGUGAGCCCCGAGCAGCUUUGCUCCAUGACCAUCGAGCAGCUCGCGUCCAAGGAGCUGUCGCAGUGGAGGAUGGCCAAGGCGGAGGAGCGCGCGCAGAAGGUGGUGAUCACCGACGAGGAUGUGAAUCCCAGCAAGAUCGUGAAGAAGACCCACAAGGGGGAGAUUAUCAUGGAGGUGGACAGUGACGCUCCGGUUGCUCCGGUGAAGGAAGUCGAGGGUGGGGACGUGAGUGCUAGCGCCAGUGAAGAUGCUGCUCAAGAGAGGUCUGAAGAUGAAGAAGAGAAAGAGGGAGAAGAAGAAGAGGGAACUCAGGAGAAAGAAGAGGAGGGAACUCAGGAGAAAGAAACGGCAGACGAGAAAGUCGUAGAUGGCGAAAAGGAAAGAGAUGCGGAGAUGGUCGACGCUAAGGAGGCUGAUGAUGCUACGGCUGAUGCUACGAUGGUGUCAGCGGCGAGAGAAGCGGUGGAAGCGCCGCCGCUCCUCAGCGACACUGGCGGCACGAUUCCAGACGAGGGUGGUGCCGCUGGCGGCGAGAGUUUUGAAGCUAGCAGUGAUCCUCCACUACUCGAUGUGUCUGAUUUCAAGGGGUUGCCCGAAAUUAUGUCUAUGGAUGGGUUUUUGAAGUCCUUGGGGUGUACUACUGGAGGAGACACAAAGGCCGUGGACGUAAAGAAAGAGGGAGAAGAAGUUACGGAAGCGAUAGAUGGCUCCAAGGCGGACGAAAAGGCUAGUGGCAGUGCUACGACGACAGCAGGGAAUAGUUUGAAAAGGAAGCUAGGUGACAACGAGCGCAAGCAAAAUGACAAAAGCAGCUCGCCAUCGAGAAAGCAAUCGCCGAUGAACGGGGAAGAGAAGCCACUUAACUUACAGCUUUGGGAGGGGAGCUUGCAACUCACUGGGACUCGCUCGACAGCGGUGCACGGGAUGUUUAGAAGUGGACGUCACGACGUGAAGUUAGAUGCGUGGCCGAAGCAGCUUGAAGUGAAAGGAAGAGUAAAGCUGGGACCUCUUGCUAAGUUUCUCAAGGAUCUAUGUAACUCGAAAUCCAGAGCGGUCACGGUGAUGUCUUUUUACUCGAGUGACAUGGCUACGUCUUCGCUUUCGCUUCUCAAAGAGGUUGCCGAUCAAUAUGAGAAAGGAGAGCGUGUGGGCUAUGUGGAGCCUGGGACGGGCUACGAGCUCUAUCUCUUCCCCCCUGGAAAGGCAACCUGGAAAUUCUUAACUGAAAACGGUCGGUUAAAACCCAGCGCCGAUCUCCCCAAGGACAAGAGCGAGGUGCUAGUGGGCUGCGUCGUCUGGCGGAAGAAUCCCUCCGACAAGAGCGAGAGUAGAAAGCCGUCGUCCGCCGAAAAGAGUAAGAGAGGCUCGUCCAGAGCUCCCAGCAGUAAGCACUCCCGAGGCAAGUCCAGUUCUUCCACCGCCGCUCCCUCCACCGCCACCGCCACCAUCGCUGCUCCUCCUCCCCCCUCUCUCGCCUCUGCUAAGCAUCCCAGUCCAUCCCGGGUGAAGAGCGUCUCUCCAUCUCAAUCGCAAAGUGUUGUAAAGCAGCAUUCUGUAAAUGAAUGGCACCAGCAAUCGAGCCUUUGUAGCCCAACUCCCGCUGCUACCAUCGCCGAGUCGGCCCUUCCUCCUCCUCCGUUUCUAGAGGGUCUUCUCCCGCCGGGCUUCCAUCCCAGUCUCCUCCAGGCUCUCACCGCGGUGCUACCAGGUUCGACGUUACCGGGUUACGAUGGGGGGCCACCGGGUUUCUGGCAGCAGCAGCAGCAGCAGCAGCAACAGCAGUGCAAAGAUGGCAACGAUCUUCCAGAGUUUGAGUACGAGGGAUACAUUCCAAUGCCAGGUGGUGGUGGUGGUGGUGGUGGCGGAGGUUUGGAGGCGUUCCAUCAGCUCCAAGGCGGCGGGGAGUCCUCGUUUCGUCACCACCAUCUUCAUCAGAGCUCUCAGGGGGGAUUUCUCCAGCCGCCGGCCGAGGCUUACACGACGACGUCCGAGGGGCUGGGAAUGCAGUGGCCAAGACCAACAGCAGGUGGAGGAAAUCUCCAGCAGCAGCAACAAGCUCUCCAAGUUCUUGGGAGUCAUCACCAGCAGCAGCAGGAUAGCUCGUCGAAUCCAGGCGGAGGAUUUCCAGUCUUGCGGCCACCUCUACCGCCAGGGCCUCCGCCACCGCCUUCUGCUAGUAGUGCCGCUGGUAGUGGCGGUGGUGGUGGUGGUGGUGGUGGUGGUGGUGGUGGAACCGCAGCUGCUAAUUCUUCUUAUGGACAGUGGGUACAUCCUAAUCAAGCUGCUCAUCAAAAAACUUUGCAUUAUAAGAAGGCUAGCGUUGCGGCCCCUUCACAGCAAAGGCGUCAUAGAAGCUAGCUAGACACGAGAGAGAGAGCGAGUGAUUUAACACUCUUUGUAACUCUAGUCUUUGUUUUAAUGCGGUAAAACAAUGCCCUA